AUGGAGAGCACCGACGGUGAAUCCAAAGUCGUAGGGCAAGUGGAUGAUCAAAUCAAUGAACUUGCCCGACGUGUCACCUCAAUGUCGGUUGCAGGGGGCGGACACAUCCUACCUAAGCCUACGGACGACGUGCUCGACCCCAAUAGCCGCGACUUUGAUACCAAGAAGUGGUUGAGGACCUUCUAUAAUAAUCAAACGGCAGCACUCAACGGAAGGCCACCCAACUCAGCAGGCCUCGCUUUCAAAGACCUCAACGUCUUCGGCCAAAAGGCCGUAGCGGAACACCAAAAGACCGUUGAAGACUUCGUAUACGGCCCCUUGGAUAUCAUCCGCCGUCUUUUCGGGUCGACGAAGCGACAACGCGUGGAUAUUUUGCAAAAUCUAGAAGGUGUCAUGGAGAGUGGUGAGAUGCUCUGCGUCCUGGGUCCUCCAGGAUCUGGGUGUUCUACUCUUCUGAAGACUAUUGCCGGUGAAACGUACGGCUUCCAGGUCGCCGAUAGCAGUACAUUGAACUAUCAAGGCCUCGGGAAAACAGACAUCGAAAAGGCCUUUAAGGGGGAAGCUAUCUAUACCGCUGAAGUUGACUACCACUUCCCCAAACUCACCGUUGGUGAGACGCUUUAUUUUGCUGCUCGAGCUCGAUGCCCGCAAAAAUUGGCGGACUAUAAACACGAAUAUGCAGAACACCUCCAUGACGUGGUCAUGGCAAUGCUGGGUAUUUCGCACACCAAGAAUACUCUUGUUGGAGACGACUUCAUCCGGGGCGUCAGUGGUGGUGAGCGCAAGCGUGUGAGCAUUGCGGAAGCUAUCCUUAGCUAUUCACCGUGGCAAUGCUGGGAUAAUAGUACCCGAGGUCUGGAUUCGGCCAACGCGGUCUCGUUUUGUCGCACACUACGGCUUCAGUCGGAGACCUUUGGCAGCAGUGUAUGUGUAGCCAUCUAUCAAGCUCCACAGGAGGCGUAUGAUCUAUUUGACAAAGUCAUUGUCCUUUACCAAGGUCGACAGAUUUUCUUCGGCAAGACUUCAGAAGCCAAGGCAUAUUUUGAAGGCUUAGGUUUUGAGUGCCCAGCGCAGCAGACCACGCCUGAUUUUUUGACCUCUAUGACAAGCCCUUCUGAGAGAAUUGUUAAGGCUGACUGGGAAGGCAAAACACCUCCUCGCAGCCCAGAGGAAUUCGCACGUGCAUGGCGCGAAAGCCAACACCGUCAAUCCCUCAUUAACGAGAUUAAAUCAUUCGAGACACGAUUUCCCAUCAACGGGAGUCAAUCCGAGCAAUUCCAUGUUUCAAGGACAGCACAGAAAUCCAAGUCACUGCGCGCUACCUCUCCAUUCACGCUUUCUUUGGCCGGCCAGUUUCUCUUGAAUCUCUGGAGGAGCUACAGACUCUUGAUCGCCGAUCCUUGGUUUUGGAUAACCUUACUCCUGGCUAAUUUCUUCGAAUCUCUUGUCGUUGCCAGUAUCUUUUACAACAUGCCCCUAGACAGCUCCAGCAUCUUUCGUCGAAACCUUCUGAUCUUCUAUACCCUCAUGAUCAAUGUCUGGACUGCAGCCCUAGAGGUCCUAACUCUCUACUCCAAGAGAAAGAUCGUCGAAAAACACGCUCGGUACGCACUUUACCAUCCCAGUAUGGAAUCUUUGGCAUCUAUUGCGAUGGAUAUCCCGUUUAAACUCGUCAACGCGCUUUUUAUCAACGUUACUCUCUAUUUUAUGUGCAAUCUUCGUCGUGAGCUUGGACCCUUCUUCUUCUUCUACCUGCUUGCUUUUACCGUCACAAUUACUAUGUCUAUGUUCUUCCGGUUCCUUGCUUCAGUUACGAAAACCGUCUCCCAAGCUCUCGCACCAUGUGCGAUCGUCAUCCUCGCUCUUAUGUUAUACGGCGGCUUCAUCAUUCCCCAAGCCUACCUGGAUGACUGGAUUGGCUGGCUACGGUGGAUAAACCCUUUGUUUUACGUGCAGGAGAGCCUUUCACUCAGUGAGUUUGUUGGGCGUAGGUUUCCCUGCGUAGAAUUUGUGCCCAGUGGCCCCGGCUACUCGGCAGAUUCGAUUCCACCUUUGGGCCAGGUUUGUUCCGUUGAGGGGUCUAAUGCCGGCGAGGGUUUCGUUGACGGCAGCGCACAUCUGCGCGUGGUGUACGGAUUUGCCAACGGUCACCGUUGGCGAAACUUCGGCAUUCUCAUUGGUCUCACCAUCUUUUUCCUUGUGGUCCACUUGAUAGCGGUGGAAUUGAUCUCACCGGAGCGCUCGAAGGGUGAGAUUCUCGUCUUCCCCCGCCAGGUGCUCAAGAAAUAUUACAAGGGCAACGAUGAUGAGGAGAAGAUACGUUCUGUGCCGGGAGCCAAGUCCCAAGAGCGACACAUUCAAAAGAAUGAGGUUCAGGGCAUCGAGAAACAAACGUCGAUAUUCAAUUGGCAAGACGUUUGCUACACCAUUCAGAUAAAAAAAGAGACUCGGAAAAUUCUGGAUCAUGUGGAUGGGUGGGUGAAACCAGGCACGUUGACGGCAUUAAUGGGAGUCUCGGGGGCUGGAAAGACGACACUUCUGGACGUCUUGGCUAGUCGCGUAACAAUGGGCGUCAUUUCAGGACGAAUGCUGGUUGAUGGCCAGUCUCGAGACUCUUCUUUUCAACGCAAGACCGGAUACGUUACUCAGCAAGAUUUGAAUCUUCACACAUCAACAGUGCGGGAAGCCCUACAAUUCAGCGCGCUGCUGCGGCAGCCAGCUCGGUAUAGCCGCCAGGAGAAGCUCGAUUACGUGAACGACGUGAUCAGGUUGGUCAACCUCGAUGACUGUGCAGAUGCUGUUGUCGGAUGUACAGGCGAGGGUUUGAAUGUCGAACAAAGGAAACGCUUAACUAUAGGUGUUGAGUUGGCAGCGCGUCCAGAACUCUUGCUAUUCCUCGAUGAACCAACUUCUGGUCUCGAUAGCCAGACAUCCUGGGCCAUCUGCGACCUGAUGGAGAAGUUGACGAGGAAUGGCCAAGCAAUUCUCUGUACGAUCCACCAGCCAUCAGCGGCACUUUUUCAGCGAUUCGACCGCUUGCUUCUGCUGGCAAAGGGUGGACGCACGGUGUACUUUGGGGAGGUGGGUAACGAGUCAUCAACACUCAUUGACUACUUCGUCCGUAACGGAGCUCCGCAUUUCAGGCCCGGGACGAACCCGGCGGAAUACAUGCUCGAGGUCGUUGGAGCCACUUCAAAGCAUGGGAGCAACAUCGACUGGCCGACUGUUUGGCGCGCAAGUCCCGAAUAUCAGGAUGUACGUCGCGAGCUUGACCAGCUGUCUCGUCAGGGCGAAGGCGGGUCUGCGGAUCCCGAUCCUGCAGCCUUGGUAGAAUUUGCUGCGAGCUUUCUUACUCAGCUAGCCCUGGUUACGAAGCGUGUCUUUCAGCAAUACUGGAGAACCCCAAGUUAUAUCUUCUCCAAGACUGUUCUGAGCGCUGGCUCGGUCAAUGGAGAAGUCACACAGCGUGGUCUAUUCAAUCAGAUGUUAGCGGCAUACAUCUUCCUUUUUAUUUUCAGUCAGGUCGUCGAACAAAUCCUGCCUAUGUUCGUCUCUCAGCGCACCCUUUACGAGGCCCGGGAGAGACCCGCUAAAGCUUACUCGUGGGUCGCCUUUCUUGCUGGAAAUAUCAUCGUUGAGUUGGCGUGGAACUCGCUUAUGGCGAUUUGCUCUUUCCUUUUCUAUUACUUUCCUAUGGGUCUCUAUCGUAAUGCAGAGUGGACGGAUGCUGUCCAUUCGCGUGGCAUCACUACUUGUCUACACCUCUGGAUAUUCUUCGCUUUCACCAGUACAUUUGCUAACAUGCUCAUUGCUGGCAUUGAGACGGAGCAAGUCGCCGGUGGAUUCCUGAAUUUCUUCUUCAACAUCAUGUUCGCUUUUGCGGGUGUUCUUGCCAGACCUGAUGAACUUCCAGGGUUCUGGAUAUUUAUGUAUCGCGUCAACCCUUUCACCUACGUAAUGGAAAGCUUCGUCGGCACAUCUCUCGCCAAUGCCCCUGUUACCUGCAAGGCCAGCGAAUUCGUCCAAUUUGAGGCACCAAGCGGAAUGACUUGUGGAGAGUACGUCGAACAAUACAUCGCGGAGAAUGGAGGGUAUCUUCUCAACAACAGCACCAGCAGCUGCAGUUUCUGUGGCAUGGCCAACACCAACUCCUUUCUGUCUGAUAUGGACUUCAACUUCGACAAUAGGUGGCGCGAUUUCGGGUUUAUGUGGGUAUUCUGCAUCUUCAACGUCGCUUCUGCAGUUGGUCUGUACUGGCUCAUGCGUGUUCCCAAGCGAAAGGCCCGGGAGUGA